UGUCCUGGGUUUUGUUGUGCUUUUUUGUUGUCACCGGAUUAUCGGAAUUUAAGGCUUUGGCCAGGGAAACCGGUAGACGGCGAUUCUGGAGAGGAUUGGCAAUGAGCAGCGGCACCGCCGGCUGCAAGCGCGUGCACAGCAUCGAGGUUGAGCAGCCGUUGGAGGCGGAGCGCGUGCAGCACGGCAUUUUGUUGGUCAAAGGACGCCUUUCGCCCAAGUGUUCCACGGCGCGUCAACUAAAGGCCACCCUCGAUCUCCCCGAGAAUUCUUCGCGGGAGCAACUCACCCAACUCUCGGCCGCCGGCGAGUUCAAGCUCCUUUUCGAUUUGGAGCAACCCGAGCGGGGGAACACCGACGAGGAGAUUGUUUGCCUCCUGGAACUGAGAUCUUGCAGCGCCGCCCGCUUGAUCAGGUUCAGUUACAAGCCCCGCAGCAGCUCCUACCGGGUGCAGCCAUUGUAUGUGCUCUGCCGGGACGAGGAGAGACCAGAGGAGCAGCAGCGCCAGUUUCACUCGCUGAUCGAUUUGAAUCUGCGCCUGGUGCAGUGCAUCUACGCCCACAAACUGCACGCAGCUGGCUUUCCCAAUCGAACGUUCACCUUGAACGGCCCGUGCUGCUCCUUCCGCAGCCAAUUGACCCGCGAGGAGGCACUGUCCAAGAGCGAGGACGAGUUGUGGCAGCUCUUGGCCGGCGAGAUCAUCGCCUGCCCGCAGUGGGGCCACCAGUUGCUCCUCAAGUUCGUGGCCUUUGUGGCCUGCACACGCUACGACGGCGACGCACUGUUGGCCAGCGGAGACACCUCGUACGCGAACAUCCGGCGGCAUUUAAAGGGGCACGCUGCCUUGGGCGGUGGAGGACUCGCAUUAUUCGGGAGUGCCCACUUCUACGCCUGGCCUCGGAGCUUCUCGGAGAUCGGUGACUGUGUGCGGAGUGCGGAACGCGUGGACAUUGCCCGACUGCCGGACGAGAGCAACUACAGAAGGACCUACGGCGGCGUUUAUGCCAGCACUUUGGGCGCCGUGUGCCACGAAUUGGGGCACUGCUUCGAUCUGGGCCACACCAGCGAGGGUGUGAUGGGUCAGGGCUUCGACUACUUGAAUCGCGUCUUGACCGUGGACCAGCCCACGGAGCAUUUACCACAGAGGAUCGUGGCGGCACCGGGAGCCAGGAAAGCCGCUAGCUCAUCGGAGGCAGCUGCCGGCCAUCGGCCGCGAUUCACCAAACUAAAACUGCAGCAGUCCAGCAGCCAGCUGUUGGACAACUAUCACAACCAAAGACGCCACGACAGCUUCUAUUUUGCCCGCAACUGCGCCGUGAUUCUGGCCCAACAUCGCUGGCUCAAUCUCGAACUGGAGCAGACUGCCAGCGGAAGCUGUGGGCCCGCUGAAAUCCAGUUGAGUUGGGCCACCAAGGAAAUCGUGUCCAGCAGGCCGCUCCGACUGGUCGAGCUGCGCUGCAAUCAGAAUAGUCUGGUCGCCCACUACGAGGAGUUCGAGACGAGGCGCAGUGGCAGCAGCGAGGUGGAGGCACCUGUGCUCCGCUUCCAGUUGCCCGCUUCUCUGUGGCACCUCCUCGCCGAGCAGCGCACCCACUACGUGUUCGUACUGACUACAAGUGGCGAUACCAAGCGGCUUUCCUGUGAUUCGUAG